AUGCUGGCGAUGGUGGAAGCGAGGGUCCAAGCCAGGCUGGAGUCGGCCCUGAUGGGGCCAGCCCAAAGGCCCACCCUCGCCCACGAAAGAAGGACCGCCUCUGGGGACACAGAACUCCCCAGCAAAGGGAAAAGGAAAGAGAAGGGAACAGCCCAACCCGCUCCCGCUCCCGCCCCCCUCCCUGCCCCAGUCGCUGGGCCCUCCAGUGCGCCGCCACAACCCCUCGCGGGUCCCUCCACCGCCCCGGCGACUACGACGGCAGCGACGGCGAAGACCAGGACCGAAGGAGAGAGACGCCGAAACAAAAGCCCCAAAGGGCAAGAAGAACGGACCGCCUCCAGCCCAACCUGCUCCAGAGCCCGCGUGCUGCCGCCAGCCCCGGCUAACGUGGACACGCCGUGGGUCGAGGUGGUCAGAAGAAAGAAGAAGAAGCCGGCAGCAGCGCCAACAAAUAGCACGCACCGCCGAAACCGACGCGCCGGAAGGCCAAAACUGCGGCCGCCACGUUCUGCGGCCGUAGUCAUCUCUCACACCAGCAGCAAUUGCGAAGGGCCUAACUUACAAGAGCGUCUGACGGACGCCCAAAAUAAGGUAGACCUCACCGGCCUUGAAAUAAGCAAGAUGAGGCCAAAGUUUGCGGCCACGGGCGCCCCAAUGUACGAGGUGCCCGGGGCGAAUUCUGAAGAGAGGGCCGACUCCCUCGCCGCAAGGCUGAGGGAGUGUUUCGCAAGGGUCGGAAGAUAUCAAAAUCUCCCGGCCCACGAAGAAUGGAACUGCGGCUAA